ACCUCAUGCACCGUUUUCAGACUUUCAGUCCAUCACUCCCUUCGUUCUCAAAUCACAAACAAACCUGAGAUUCUGAGAAAACAAACUGCUUUUCCCGGAAAAUGCCGACCCCCGACGACAUUGGAAAGCUCCCAAUCGACAUCACCUUUUCUCGUCUCGGAGAAUGGCUCGUUGAUCGGAAGAGAAUACCCGGAGAUUGGAGGAAACGAUUGGCGGCGGUGAGGGCUCGAAUUUCAAAGGAAUUUGCUUCUCUUCCCAAAGAUAUCGAUCCCUACUUCCAUAGCUUGGAAUCGGAUGGAAUUGGGUACUUAGAGGCCAAACAAAUAUAUGACAUUCUUGUGAAGUCAGCUCCAGAAAGUCGGAAUAUUUUCGGCCGGCUAUCGGGUGCUGCUGGUGCUUGGGAAUCGAUUGUACGUUCGUUUGAGAAGGAUUAUGUAUAUCUCGGCGAGGCUGCUCAAAUAAUGGUGCAAAAUGUGAACUAUGAGAUUCCAUAUCAGAAGAAGCAGGUGCAAAAGAUUCAGCAACAAUUAGCAGAACUAGACCACAAGGAAGCCGAUAUCAAGAGAAGUGCAGCUUUAUCAGUAGCCAAGUAUGUAGAGGCUUGCCAAGAGCUUGGACUGCAGGGAAAAAACGUGAGGUUGGAACUUUUAGAGACAGCAAAGUCACUUCCAAGCACAUUUAGUAGGAUCAUGGAAGUGUUAAAUGGUGAUUCUGUGUCGGGAGCAAUGGAGUAUUAUUCUAACUUUGUCAGAGAUGCUCACACAGAAAAGGAUAAAUCUUUGGCUGUGUUGACAAACUUGAAAAAUUUACGUGAACAUCCUCCAUCAUUGAAUGUCCCUGUGGGCUCAGAGGUUGUUGAUUCCGGGAAUGUUCAAUCAAGCAACAAUGAGAUAAACAAUGUGGCGGUGGAUGUAGAAAUAAAUGAAGAUAAUAUAGAUUGGGAUUUUUCUGUGGAAAGUUCUCAGAUUGAUUGGGAUAUUGGUACGGUGGAUACGGUGGAGGAAACAGAUGAUACUGGUAAUGGUUUGGGUCCGUACGAAAUGGUUAAUGCAAGUGAGGUGCAGAGUUCUUCAAACGAAGCUGUAAAAUCUGAUCUGAUCCCAGAGGCCUCUGUGUCAGAGAUAUCUUGGGAUAUUAGUGUUGAAACUCCUCAGGUUAAUGUGAUUGAUGGUCUCAAUUUGUCAAAUGUAAUAGUGGACAAUCAAACAUCUGCUCUUGAUACUUCAACUCAAACAACUGAAAUCCAUGAAGGCAGGAGCCAACUUUUGGAGACGGAGUAUAGGAACAAGAUUCUUGAUGAUCUGAAUGAGGUCAAAGCCUUUUUAAAUCAGCGGUUAGUUGAGUUAAAGAAUGAGGAUACUUUGUCCUUGCAACAUCAAGUCCAGGCAGCUGCCCCCUUUGUGCUGCAACAAUAUGCUCAUGAUGCUAUUGAGACAAUGCUAUCUGAAGUUUCCUUGGCUAUUUCCCUGCUGACGAAUAGGAAGACACGGGACUUGAUUAUGAUUCUCAACUCCAAAAGGUUUCUAGACAGAUUAGUGAGCUCAUUGGAAGCAAAGAAGCACCAUGAAGUUAAGUUGAAAGAGAGUUUGAAUGGCAUAGCUGGCAAACGCAUGGAACUGCAGAACUCGUUAUCUUCUUCCUGGCCUAAGCAGGAAGCUGCACUUACAAAAACCCGUGAACUGAAGAAACUGUGUGAAAGCACCCUUUCAUCGAUGUUUGAUGGGAGACCUGUUAAUAUAAUUGGAGAGAUCAAUACCCUUUUGACUAGCGGCCUUAGUGCAUAAGGAUUCACUUCUUCUCUUUCAUUCAUGGAACUUGAUGGAAGGCCUGUUAAUAGCUGGAGAGAGUCAAUGCCCUUUUAACUGCUUCGUUGUUUUCAUAUCCGUGCCUGCCCUUGUUCAUAGUGCUUACAAUAUGACAUGAGAUUCAAAUUCCCGGUGCACCUGUCUCAUAUUAUUAGUGUAAUUUGUUGCGGUGAAACGUUUUAGGUGUGCAGAAAAGGAAAUGAAAUCUUAUUUUCUCUC